GGAAGGUACAGUGGGUCUUCUCAGCCUGCAGCACCAGGUCUGCCCCUCCCCCCACCCUGCCUUCCUCCGCUGCUGCCCACACUAAAGGUGUGUGUGGUGAAAUCCCAAAAGAUUUCUGGCUCCUAUUCGAAAGAGGUCCAGUUGAUAUUCCAGAAGAAAGUGUGGCUAAGAUUCUAAUACACAAUCGUGGCUAAGAAAAACAGCCAUGGAAUAUGAAACUGAUUUGAAGAUUGGCUUCUUAUUUCCAUUGAGGCGGAAACAUCACUGGUUUCACUUCCUUUCUCCAGAGUAAUCUUCUUUCUUUUCUUUCCCACAAUCAGUAUUCUUCACCUUUAAUAUUCACCUUUUCAGCGUCACACAUAUUUUUAUAUUGUGAUCUUCAGAUGUUGAGAAAUAUACAAAUUUAAUAAAUAGUUUCCAGUAGGAGCAAAGGGGGAAGAACAGUGAGAGAGGCUUGAGCUGGGAUUCUCCACUAAGAUAGGCCAGUGGCAGGAGGCAGGUGCGAGACUCGGCGGCAUAUAAUUAUUACCAAUAGUAAUUGGGGUGGGCGUUUUAAUCUGACCUUCCCAGCAGUCAGGCUGCAGCUGGUUUCCUUCCUCCCAGUAUGUUUCCGAGCACAGUUCAAAGUGUUGGUACUGACCUUUAAAGCCCUAAACGGCCUCGGUCCUGUAUACCUGAAGGAGUGUCUCCACCCCCAUCGUUCUGCCCAGACACUGAGAUCCAGCACCGAGGGUCUUCUGGCGGUUCCCUCAUUGCGAGAAGUGAGGUUACAGGGAAUGAACCAGACAGAGGGCCUUCUCGGUAGUGGCACCAGCCCUGUGGAACGCCCUCCCAGCAGAUGUCAAGGCAAUAAGCAACUAUUUUACUUUUAGAAGACAACUGAAGGCAGCCCUGUUUAGGGAAGUUUUUAAUGUUUGCUGCUGUACUGUUUUUAAUAUUCGGUUGGAAACCGCCCAGAGUGGCUUGGGAAACCCAGCCAGAUGGGCGGGGUAUAAAUAUUAAAUUAUUAUUAUUAUUAUUAUUAUUAUUAUUAUUAUUAUUAUUCUGCAUCUCCAGCUCUCUCCAUGCAAUAAUGCAAGGCUGACAGAUUUUCCUACCUGAGCACUCCUUCAGCCGACCACAAGCACCAAGCCUUGUCUUAUAUAUGGGUCUCCAAAAAUGGUCAGUAUGGACCUCCUGAGGCCAAAGGGACUGUGCAGGUGAUUAAUAAACAUUUGGAGGUCAAAGGGGACAACAUGUGGCCUAAGGGGUGGAGGAUAAUUGUGCAGAGGAUGAAGAACUUCAUGAUGAACUUAGGAGCCUGAUGAAUAGGGGGCAGGUUCAUGGACAUAGAGCAGCUCCCUUUCCUGUGAGAAACCACUUUAUUUAAAAAGUAAACCCCAGAGUUCCACAAUAUUCUAAGAUAAUGCUUCUGAAAUGCAUUACAUUAUUUCAUUUGUAUUUCCUAAAAACUGGGAACAUGGAGGACAAGAGAGAAUAUACAAGAUGUUAAAAUAAGAGGAGGUGCUAAUUGAGAUGUGUAAUAUUCAUUUCUUCUCUUCCUAGACCCCCCGGUCAAUAGCAGACAAUGGAGAAGGCAGUCAAAAUUCUGGUGGGUCAUGUCCAAUGGGAAUAACGAAGAAAUCAUUUAAAUUCAUGGAAUGUGGAAAGAGAGAGGAGAAGCAAUUUGAAAGUAUGGAGUAUGGGAAGAGCUUUACUGAAAGGGAAACACAUAGAAAACAUCAACAGACUCACACUGGGGAGAAACCAUUUAAAUGCAUGGAGUGUGGAAAGUGCUUCACUGUUAGUGGAAAACUUAGAAUUCAUCAACGGACUCACACGGGGGAGAAACCAUUUAAAUGCAUCGAGUGUGGAAAGUGCUUCAGUAGGAGUGACACCCUGAAUUUGCAUCAUCAGACUCACACAGGACAGAAACCAUUUAAAUGCAUGGAGUGUGGAAAGAGCUUCACUGAUAGUGGAACAUUAAGAAAACAUCAACGGACCCACACAGAUGAGAAACCAUUUGAAUGCAUGGAAUGUGGAAAGAGCUUCAGAGGCAGUGGAACACUUAGAAUCCAUCAACGGGUUCACACAGGAGAAAAACCUUUUAAAUGUUUGGAGUGUGGAAAGAGUUUCAGCAGGAGUGGAUCCCUGAAAAUUCAUCGCCAACGGAUUCACACAGGGGAAAAACCAUUUAAAUGUAUGCUGUGUGGUAAGAGCUUCUCUGAUAACCGAGCACUUAGAAGCCAUCAUCGAACUCACACAGGGGAAAAACCAUAUAAAUGUAUGGAUUGUGGAAAGAGCUUCAGUCAGAGUGGAGUACUAAGAAAACAUAAACGGACUCACACGGGGGAGAAACCAUUUAAAUGCAUGGAAUGUGGAAAGAACUUUAUCGAUGGUGCAGUACUUAGUAUCCAUCAUCGAACUCACACAGGGGAAAAACCAUUUCAAUGUAUGGACUGUGGAAAGAGCUUCGGACAGAGUGGAGCACUAAGAAUCCAUCAACGGACUCACACAGGGGAGAAACCAUUUAAUUGCAUGGAGUGCGGCAAGAGCUUCACUGAUGAUGGAACACUUAGAAGACAUCAAUGGACCCACACAGGCGAGACACCAUAUAAAUGUAUGGAGUGUGGAAAGAGCUUCAAUGAUAGUGGAACACUUAGAAUUCAUCAACGGACGCACACAGGGGAAAAACCAUUUAAAUGCAUGGAAUGUGGAAAGAGCUUUAUUGAUAGUAGAACACUUAGAGUUCAUCAACGGACUCACACAGGGGAGAAACCAUUUAAAUGUAUGGAGUGUGGAAAGAACUUCAGUCAGAGUGGAGCACUUAGAAUUCAUCAACGGACUCACACAGGGGAGAAACCAUUUAAAUGCAUGGAAUGUGGAAAGAGCUUUAUUAACGGUACAGCACUUACUAUCCAUCAUCAAACUCACACAGGGGAAAAAGCAUUUGAAUGUAUGGAGUGUGGAAAGGGCUUCAGUCAGAGUGUACAUCUUAGAAUUCAUCAAUGGAUUCACACAGGGGAGAAACCAUUUAAUUGCAUGGAGUGUGGAAAGAGUUACACUGAGGUUAGAAAUCUUAGAAGACAUCAACAGACUCACUCGGGGACAAGCAAAUAAAUGUAUGGAGUGUGGAAAGAGCUUCAAUAGAAGUGGAAACCUUAGCAAACACCAGCAAACUCAAAAACGGAAAACCACUUACUUAUAUGGAGCGUACUUAUAUGGAACGUAGAGCUUCAGUCCUGAUGUUCUUACGAAACAUUAAUGGACUCACAAGCAGGAAAAGCUUUAAGAGUUGAAACCCUACAAUCCACAAACUGAAAAAUCAUAAAUGGUUUGAAUGGAAGGAGUGUGGGAAGUGCUUCAAUUACUAUAUAUAUAUAUAUAUAUAUAUAUAUAUAUAUAUAUAUAUAUAUAUAUAGUGGUACCUCGGUUUAUGAACACAAUUGGUUCUGGAAGUCUGUUCAUAAACUGAAGCGUUCAUAAACUGAAGCGAUACUUUCCCAUUGAAAGUAAUGGAAAGUGAAUUAAUCCGUUCCAGACAGUCCGCGGAGUACUUAAACUGAAGCGUUCAUAAACUGAAGCAAACUUUCCCAUUGAAAGUAAUGGAAAGUGGAUUAAUCUGUUCCAGACGGGUCCACGUAGUACUUAAACUGAAAUGUUCAUAAACUGAAGCAUGGGUGUAAUUGGCUCCGGAAGUCUGUUCAUAAACUGAAGCGUUCAUAAACUGAAGCGAACUUUCCCAUUGAAAGUAAUGGAAAAUGAAUUAAUCCGUUCCAGAUGGGUCCGCGGCGUUCAUAAACCGAAAAUUCAUAAACCGAGGUGUUCAUAAACCGAGGUUCCACUGUGUAUGUACAUAUAUAUAUAUAUAUAUAUAUAUAUAUAUAUAUAUAUAUAUAUAUAAUUUUAUUUACAAAUUGCGUUCAAAAAUCGAAGCAUUCACUUCCCAGUUGUUGGUGUUUGAAAUCCUCCAAUGUUUGCCUUCUGAAGCAUUCGACAAUCGAGAUUCCACUAGUAGAGAUUCCAGUAGUAGUGUGUUGUCCAAUGAUAUCCAUUCUUUUAACCAACACAAAGAGGCUGCCUCAUAGUAGAAAAUCUAGCAGUGCAAACCCGCCUCUAUUUUUAGUAUCUAUCAAAAUUUUAUACUUGAUCUCUGCCAUUCGUUAAAGCUGUUUGUAUUAUUUAUUAUUGGUAUCAUCUAUAUAUAUAUAAAUGUAAAAAUGGUGAAACUGUGGGUCCACUUUUCUCCAAAACCGCUUGACCGAUCGUCCUGAAAUUUGGACACAACGGGUGUUCGCACAACCUUGCUGACAUCGCAUACCUGCGCAGGUACAGACCUACUUUUCCACAAACUAAAACAGCGCCCACAAAUGGCGUUAUUCCCUCAGCUCCUCCUCCUACACCCCCUCCCUUCCCGUGAAAUCUACACCACACCCACCAACCCCGCCUCCACCACUCACAUCCAUCCAUGAAGGCCAAACCAACUGAAAACAGGCCUUUUCCAGCAACAAGGCCCAACAUUGCUAAGUGGAGGUAGGGGCCUGCCGGGGGGGGGGAA